UUGAUAUUCAGUGAUACGGUUACACACCACAUCUGCUCAAAAACAAAACCUUUUUUAUUUUCAAAAUAUUACCCUUUUCAGUUCGCAACUCUCUCUACCUCUCUGCGCUCGCCAUGGACCGAACCAACACCUCCAGCGCAGAGCAGGAUCCGACUCAGACGCACCCGACCCGCCACCACCUCGAGCCCCCAUCCGGAUUGACUCCUGAGGAGUUCGCCGACCUCAUACCCUCUAUCAUGGAGCACCACACCUACUCCAUGACCGCCCGCCAAUGCUCCUCCCUCCUCGCCCAACGAAUCCACGCGCCGCCGGAAGCUGUCUGGUCCGUCGUCCGCUGCUUUGACAACCCCCAGGCCUACAAGCACUUCAUCAAGAGCUGCCAUGUCAAGGAGGAUUUCCAGCUCGUCGUGGGCUCCACUCGCGACGUCAACGUCAUCUCCGGGUUACCGGCAGCCACCAGCACCGAGCGCCUCGACCUCCUCGACGACGAACGGCACGUCAUCGGUUUCACCAUCGUUGGCGGCGAGCACCGCCUCAGGAACUACCACUCCGUGACCUCCGUGCACGGCUUCGAGCGCGAUGGCAAGAUCUGGACCGUUGUUCUGGAAUCUUACGUGGUGGAUGUGCCAGAGGGGAACACCGAGGAGGACACGCGUCUCUUUGCUGACACCGUCGUGAAGCUCAACCUGCAGAAGCUCGCGUCUGUCACCGAAGGGAUGAGCAGUGACGGUAACCGGAACGGUAAGUCAUAGCUUGAGCCACCCAAACCCGAAGAAAAAUGGGUUCAAAUUUAAAAGAAAAAAUAAAGAAAAUAUAUUUCAUUGGGAACCUUUUUAUUUUCUUUUUUGGCGAACGUAUUAUCUUCAUUUCUAUUUUUCACUGUUGAAAUUACGAGUAUAGCCUUUGUUCCUUUGGGAUUGGAACCAGUUUAACGUGUGAAAUAAAGUAGCGAUGCCUUUAAUUUGUAAUGCUAUCUUGGAUGUUAAUUUCGCUCCAAUAUCUACGGUUUGAGUUUGAUUUCA